AUGUUGCAAAGAGGCUUAGCUAAAUUUUUGUUACGCAAUACAAGAUAAACUUUUGGUGUUGUUAGAAAUGGUUUUUCUUCUACAUAAAUUGAAAAGGCAGCAGAAAAGAGCGAUGAAGUUCCCAUCCAUUUAAGACCAUAUAAUAAGGAAAAGUACGAAGUACCUUCCACUAAGCUGAAAUAUUCUACAGGUUACGCAUUGCUUGAUGUUGAACCUAUGCCUCGUGCCAAAAUUAUGAAGAUCAGCUACAAUAUUUUACAUAAAUUAAAGGAAAUUCCUGAAACUGCUAUGUAUCGUAUUUAUACAGAAGAAAAGGUCAAAUACAUCAUGAAGCUCACUGAUGAAAUUGAAGAUGUUCGCUAAUUAGAAGAAGAAUUCGGCCAAGAUUCCAUUGAAUUGUUCAUUUAUUCUUAUGGUAAAGAACUUGAACUUGUUGAAUAUAUGAAGCACUCCAAGCCUUGGGAAUCCCGUCCUGGUGAUGAAGAAUAAAACGAAAUGAUUCGUAUUGCUUCAUAAAAGCGUGUUUAUCUUAAGCACUAAAGAGUUGAUCGUCCUGCUCGUUAAGAAGCUGCUUUCAUUUCUUCAAAUGCUAAGCCUCAAUUAGAAGCUGGCAAGCAAUGA